UGAAGAACGUGAGACAGACAGAAAGCAGCAGGACAGGCAGAGAAAGCAGACACACGCAGCUUAUCUGACUCUAAUUGCCCCAUACAACACACUCACACACACACUUAGAGGAAAAAGCAGAGAGAAAGACUUCAAAAAAGAAAAACAGCACACACAUUUAUUGACUUUCACAGGCAAACAGACAUUUUCUCUCACACACACAUUCAGGAGGAAGCAGCAGCAGCAUGUUUCUGUGGAGGCUCCUUCGGGCAGCGAGCCUGCUGUCGAUGUGUUUGUGUCUGCCUUCUGACUACGAGGAUGCUAUCGAGCUCAACUACGGUCCCUCCUACUACAAUGAAAUCGCAGAGGAAGAGACGCCAGCACCCACACCAACUUCAGCCCCCUGCAGUUCUUCAGAACUGACCAAAUGGGACAAGAUGUUCUCCAUGUUGGAGAACAGUCAAAUGAGGGAGAACAUGCUGCUUCAGUAUGCCGAUGAUAUCAUCAAGGUGGAGAUGGGGUCACUGCGCAGUGAAAUGUUAAGGUUUGUAGCUCAGUAUGGUGGGUCCUGUGGGGCGGCGGUGGAGAAUGCAGGAAGAAGGAUGGAAAUGCAGCUGGACAGCCGUCUCAGAGAGACUCUGGAGCCCCUCAAACUCAGACAUCGGGAUUCUCCUGCGGCUGCUGCAGGGAAUUCCAUUGGGAAUUCCAACCAGCUGGAGACAAUGCUACAAGAGCUCCUCUCUGCAGCACAAACACAAGCAUCCAGACUUUCCAAGCUGGAGACCAGCUGCUUUAGCAGCCCAGGAGGGAUGAAUACCAAGGCAGGAUUUCAUCCUCUGAGGGGUGGAGAGCAGGGGCACCAUGAGCAAGAAGUCACAACAACAGAGGCCACUUUAGAUAUGGUGCUGGCUGCACUCCAAGAAGUGAAGCUGGAGAUGGAGGAAGCCCUGAGAUCUUCGAGGCAAAGAUUCUUGCCUGCAGGUUGUGAGAUGGCCCUCCUCUUCCCAAUGCGUUCCAGUCGAAUCUACACCUCUAUCAUACCAGAUGUCCCUGUCUCCCUGUCCUCCUUCACUGUCUGCAUGUGGUUCAAACCAACCAGCAUCUCCAACAAAACCGUGCUGUUCACCUAUGGAAACCGCCGCAAUCCGUAUGAGAUCCAGCUGCUGCUCAAGCGGAACGCUGCCCUCUUCACCAUCGGAGGAGAAGCUCACCUGGUGGAGGCACGGGGAGUGGUGAACCCAGGGCGGUGGACCCACUUGUGUGGGGCUUGGUCCUCAGAGCAGGGUCUGGCCUCCCUAUGGGCGGAUGGCGUGAAGGUAGCGUCCACUCCCGGAGUGGCCGAAGGACACGUCUUACCCGACGGCGGCUCCCUCCAGCUGGGUCAGGAAAGGAACGGCUGCUGUCCUCCGUCCUUAAGCAGCGGGAGCAGCGUGGCAGGGUUUGAGGCGGGAUUCGACUCUAAGCUGGCAUUUGCGGGGAAGAUGACGGCGGUGAACAUGUGGGACAAAGUGCUGUCAGAGGACAAGAUUUCCCAGCUGUCUUUGCGGGAAGGCCAUGGCUGUGAGCAGAGCGGGAACAUAGUGGCGUGGGGUGUAACGGAGAUGGUGCCGCACGGAGGUGCUCAGUUCAUCUAAUAGUGCAUACUCUUCACUAUAAUCAUCAUUUCCACAACAUUGUAAGAGUUAAAUGCUCAAAGUGAAAAGACUUACAACUGCUUUUAUCAUCUUUCUUCCUAUAAUUAAGCAUUUUCAUUGUUUUAUACCAGAGACCACAAUUUUCCUCCUCAUCUCACUUUUUAUUACUGUAACUGCUAACACUAAGUUCAAAACUGCAGUGAGAGACUUAAGUUUACUUUUUUCACCAAGCCUUUUGAACUGAGACAGUAAUAUACACACACAAAAAAAAAAAAACACACUGAUGCACAGUCGUCUUAGAAAACGUGUAGUUUCGCCGAGAACGUGCUGCAAGCGGUUUUUACCAAAGAUUUAAUUAGAGUGCAAGAAAGACAAAGAGUCUAUUGUGAAAGUGAACGGGUUCUGAGCCAGUAAAAAGAGUAAUCACCAGACAGCCACGCAGCACAAGUAAAAGAGGGGUCUCUGACUAUUACAAGUGAUUAUCUUGUAUUGCACAACAUGUGUUUUUAGAGUACCAAAGCAUUUUUCAUUUUUCUGUUGAGAUGGCGAGUGCAGUUCAUCAAAACAUCCAUGCAAAAAAAAAAAAAAAAAAAAAAAAAAAAAAAAAAAUAGAAACCCAAACAGAGGAAAAUGUUCUCCCUUUUUUUUUUUAGCAUUUUAACUGGGGAUAUUAAUGUAACAGAAAAUAUAUUUGCUUUCCCACCUUUAAGUUUUGUGGGUACAAUUAGCCAUGUAAUCCAACCCCAUUACAAUCAAAAGCACUGAUGUGCUAAUAAUCUAAAAAAAUACCUGUGACUGAAAACUGCUGUACUUGUUAUCAUUUUAAGCAUGACUGACUGUUAACUACAAAUGUGCUUUUUUAACUAGCUUACUAUUUUUUUUUUUACUGCCAUAAACUUUUCUUUGAAAGAAUUUCCGAACAUUAUAUUUCUAAAUUUAUACUCAGUGUUUACAUUCAUACGAGUUAUGUAACUCCUGUUUUGCUUUUGUUUGUUUUUUUGUCAGUACAUAGUUGCCAUUUAAGUAGAACGUAAAGUUUUCUUUUGAUCCUGCAUAAAGUAAGAAGAGUAAAACUGUUGAAUUUGCCAUGUGAGGUUUGAUAAAAGAAAGUGAGGAUAAUGUUUACACAGUCUUUUAUGAACUAACUUGUCUUGUAUUAUACUGUAAAUUGUUUUUAUUAUUGUGAAAAUGUAAAACUGAAUGUAUUUUGUACAUAAAUAUAUUUUUCAUAACAGGACUAGAUUAAAUAAGU